CAAAAAUAAUUUAAAACUAACAAAAACAAAAAGUAAAAAAAAAAAUCAACAUUUGCUAUUCUCAACUCUAAGCACAGAUUAUUAUUCCUACCAUAUCAGAUCGAGAAGAGAAAACCAAAAUUUUGUAUAUCCAAGGACGUUUUGUACAUCCAAUCGUAUUGGGAUUUUUUUUGUGUUCUAUAUAAAUAUAUAUAUAUUUUUUGUUGAUGUUCCACACUCCCCCCUAAUAUGCCCUACAAGAGUUGUCCGCCAAAUGAGGUCAAUGGCAUUUUCUUUCCCACCUGCUUUGAGCGUUAUGGUGGCACUUGUACGCAAAAGAAUCCUGGAAAUGUCGAAGGACUUCAUGUGUUGGCCCAUCGGGUAAUGCCAAAGUUUUUCGAUGGUGUCGAAUUGGAAUAUUUGCAUCGAUUGGCCCCAAAUAAGUAUAUCAAAGCUUCCUGGUUGCUGAGUCAUGUGAAGGCAUCGGGUUUUCGUUUUGGCGGACUUUACACAUUUCGGGUGUCCGAUGAUAUAAUGCUCACUCCCACGAUAAGUGGCGAUAUACAUCCCACAUCAUUGGCUGCCAAUCUGAAUAUAUUGUUUUAUCCAUUCAAAUCGCUGCGCAUGGAGGCCAAUAUGCAAAAAGCGAAUGAGGUAACUCCGGUGAAAUCGGAAUACACAAUCGAAUGGACACGACCGUGCGACACUUGGUCAGCAAAUUUAUAUGAUGUGAGUAAUGAGAAUGGUCGUUGCACAUUGUCCGUAAUGCGUUCCAUAACAACGCAUUGGGCAAUUGGCACGGAACUCCUGCUGGAAUGGAAUGAACCAAAAAGGAUUACGAGUAAUAUUGCAGUUGCAGCCCGCUACUCACAUCAUAAUUAUUCUUUUGCGGCCACCGCUUCCAAGCAAGGACUCGAUGUUAGCUAUUGGCAACGCAUCCAUCCACAAAUUCAAAUGGCCAAUAUGCUGGCUUGGAAUCGCAAUACACGAAAAACGCUUGCCACCAUUGGCUAUCAAUGGAAUUUCUGGAACUCAGAAGUGCAUGGAAUGUUCGACUCAGAUGCCUCAGUGGGUUUCAUGUGGACCAAAUAUCUAACAUAUUUACCAAUUCAAGUGGGCUUUAGUGUGGUAAUGAGCAUGCCCACGAAUCGCUUUGCAUUCGGUACGCGUUUUGUGCUCGAUCCCAGUGGUUUGAGACGAGGCGAUUGAUUUACCUAUAUAUAUAUUUUGCCAAAUUAAACUAGAGAGUUCAAAAUUAA